UGGCAUUAUUUGCACCACACCACACCAAAAGAAGCAACUAGCAUCCACAAGUAAUCCAACAAAAAUGUACAAUUUGCGUUUCAUUUGCCUGCUGCUGUCCUGCACCUUCAUCUGCCUGCUCGUUGGUGGCAGUGAGGCAGCGCCACGUCCACAGGAGGAGCCGGCUGUUAGUGAGCUGGAGGCGGACGCGUCCGACAAGGAUUUGGAAGGCGCAGCAUCUUAUGGCUACGGCUACUACUCAUCGCCCUAUCUGGGCGGUGGCUAUUAUGGUGGCUUUGGAGGCUUUGGUGGCUACUGGCCCCACUACAGUGGCAGCUACUACGGCCUGGGCUAUCCCUACUACGGCGGCUACUAUGGAUCGCAUCAUCAUCAUGGACACUAUGGACACUAUUAUUAAAUCGUUGUUCAACUUACUCCUCAUCUUGAACUAGACUAGUAGUUUGCACUCUAGCCUCAAUUUAAGUGCGCAAGGAUAAUUGCUUUAAUUAAGCAACAAAAUCACAAAAAAAAAGUAACUUGACGACUACACAGAUAUGCAAAACUAUAAAAGAAGAUAGAAUGAAAACGUAUUAUACAUUUAUAAUUAGUAUUAGAGCUCAUAAAAACUUAGCAAAGAUGUUCGGCGAAAAAAUCGCUGAUAUUAAUCACAAAACAUGUUCAAAAAUGUAAAAUUAGUUUGGCAAAUAUAACCUGAAUGGGAC